GAUACAAAUAUGCUAACAAUGAAGGGCCUAAACAGUCCUUUUGAAAUGGCUCAAGGAAAGACAUGAGCAUGCAUAGCUAAGUUUGGAAUAAUUACUUUAUUUCAAAAUUUCAAAUAAAGUAAAAAGAGAAUAGCCAUCAAGACUGCUAUAAGAAAGCUGCAUAUACUUUUACAAAGAGACUUCCUGAAUAAAAGGUUAGCAUUGCAGCUAAAGAUAAAUAUUAUGGCACCAAAAAGAAAAAGAAAAGAGGCAUUUGAUGAAGGCAAAAAGAAUGUCUUAACAGACUUUGUCAGAACAUCAAAAAUAUUUAUUCCAUCAAAUGACCAAGACAGCGCAUUCUCACUGAAGAAAUGUGAAGCUUGGUUUCAGAAAUAUUGUGAUGAUACCUCUAAGGGUCAGAUGAUUGGGCCUGAAGGAAUUGAGCAGUUCUGUGCUGAUCUAGGAGUUGAUCCAACAGACAUUGUAAUGUUAGUGGUUGCUUGGAAGCUCAGGGCAGAAAACAUGGGGUUCUUCAAACUCAGUGAAUGGAAGUCUGGAAUGUGCUGUCUUGGUUGUGAUUCUCUUCUGAAGCUGAAAUCAAAACUUGACAUUCUUAGAGGAUAUCUGAAAGAUAAUUCAAACUUUAAAAAGAUAUACAGAUAUGCAUUUGACUUUUGUCGGGAUAAAGACCAAAGAAGCUUAGAUAUUGAAACAGGAAAGGCUAUGUUAAAUCUACUUUUGAGAGAUAUCUGGCCACAGAUUGACAUAUUUCUUGAAUAUAUGAAUCAAACUAAAUAUAAAGUAAUCAAUAGAGAUCAGUGGAAUAGCAUUUUGGAAUUCAUCAGAACAGUUGACAGGUCAUUCUCAAAUUAUGAUGUAGAAGGAGCAUGGCCUGUAUUACUUGACGAAUUUGUGGAAUAUGUGAAAGCAAAAGAUGCUUCAAAAUCUAGCCAAAAGCAGUGAACCCAGUCUUCAAAUUACAAAAAAACGAAUUUAUUUUUGAGUCUUUAAUACUUCGUUAUUAUUACGUAAUGUAAUUGUUACAUGUUAGUAGCCGUUAGCUUUAGUGUCUCUCAUCAAACCCUCUUAGUGUCAGUUCUUAGCAUUUAUGCAAUCAUUUUAGCAUUUUAAUAAUUUAUCUACGCUUCAUCUAGUCACUUAAAAAUCUGAAUACCUCAACAUUCAUAUUGUUAGGAUUGGCAAACAGAUUACUUUUUUCCUAUUUGCUAUAUUGGGUAUAGCUAGAAGGAUGCUUUAGGGAUCAAACAAUCCCUUUGGAGAAUCAAAAAGGAACAUCAGAUUUAAGAAACCAUCAUUAUUUGUAUCACUAUCUUUUUAAUUUUCCUUCGCUCUCUAUCCGACUGAAAAGCAUUACGGAUAUGAGAAGUCUGCAAGUAAUUUUUUGAUUCAUCUUAGUUAAGAUUAUGGUCUUUUAGCGAUUCGCCUACUAUUUUCAUAAUUAUCAAUCCUCAGUGUACAUUUAUCAACCUGUCAUAACGGUUUAUGUUUAUACUAAAACAGUAGCGUCAUAUGACGAAGCCCAGUUACUCUAGUCAGACUCAUUUGAAUAAUGCCAGUUUCAGUUUUACACCUGUAGCCUGUGAAUAUUUUGGCAUAGUUUUUCUCUAAUAUCAAGUUUGUUUUGCUUCCCUUAUGCAUAUUGUAUCCUGAAACAUUAAUGUACAAGUUGCUUUAUUUUGUGGACUGCUUUAUCGAUGAAUAUUCUGCAACAUCCGCCUGGAGAUUUGCCAAUGCAUGUAACGGGAAUUGCUGCUAUGGAAAAGCUGUAUAGUUCCUGCUUUCAUUGCGAAGGUAUUUUUGGAGCCCUCUAAAGUCCUUGAUAUAAAUUAUCAACAGAGGAUAAGGCAUAUGUAAUCAAUUCGUUUUAAAAUGACUUUGAAAUAUGCGAACAUAUUACAACAUGGUUAAAGCUUUUUCGUCUGACACUCCUCCAAGUACAAAAUGUUACAACUAUGGUUGAAAAGGUCAAGCUACAAAAUUUGCUUUUUCAAAACCAUUUUCAGAUUUUUUACCACCUAAAUAUUCUUAUUUAUUUUGCACAUGGUUCAGAAAUAUUUUGGAGAAAGAGGCUAAAAUGAAAAUAUAGCCAGAAGUAAUUUGGCAAAAAAAUGCAGAAACAUUUACUUCUGGUUAAAAGAUAUUAGAAAAUAAACACACACAUGGUUUGAUCACUAUCUUCCAAAGGAUUCGGGAUACUUUUUUACAAAAAUACUACAGGCUGAGAAGCAAAGAAAAACCACUAUUUGCAAGCUAUGAAUAUCUAAAUAAAUAUCUUAACACCAUGGUACUACAAAGAAACAAUAUCCUAUAUUUUGUUCUUUUACCGUAAGAAAAUGUUAAGAUUACUUUUAGUCAAGUAUUAAAACAAAUAUUUUACAUUGAUAUUGAACGAGAAAUGACAUAAUUUUGGAAUCUAAAUUACACCAGGAUCUCUGACUCGCGAAACAAAGGGGCAAUGUUCUAGCUAUAGUAGGGCUCGAGCAAUAAUUAACAUGCUGCUCUACCAAAGGGUGUGGAGCAAGGUUUAAUGACUGUAUUCAAAAAAAAGUUGUGAUCAAAGUGCUACUUCAGGAUGGAAUACAUAAGAAUAAAAUCACCUUUAUUUCAAUUAGAAGGACAGACAUACAAAUCUGAUUAUUUUGAAAAAGCACUUCCAUGAGAAACACUUGCCUAAGCGUUUUCAGUCUUGGCAUCUUAUCCUUAGGCAAGAGUAAGGAUGUUAUCAAUUUCAUAAAGGCAUACAAUGCUGAAAGAAAAAGUUGCCAUUUCACGUUUUGUUGUUCAACCAUCUUGUUUGAGCGUCUGAAAUGAUUAUUGAAAGAACAGCAGUCGCUGACUGCUUGAACAGAAGAGCAGACAAACACUUAUGGCUUCUUUUUCUUGGGCCUUCCCCGGCCAUCUGGGGUUCCAUCGGCUUUUCUCUUCACGUUUGAGCCCUAAGAAAAAUAUAAUAACAUUAAGACAUGCAUCUAAUAACGAUAAAUAUUUAUGAUAAACCAUGUAUAUAUUAAUGAUAAAAAGAUAGACACAAUAAAAAUGGAGGAAGAAAAAUGCAACACCGAAUGAUGCAAGAAUGUUAUCUGCUGUCUAUUAAAGGCAGUCUGUUCCCUCAAUGAUCGGUUAAUAUGAACAAUCGUUCUUCCGUCUCUCUUUGGCUGGUCUAGCUGCGGUUGUGGAUAACAUUUGAAACUGCGAGCGAAAAGCUAUCGGAAAUUGCAAGAAGAUUUAAUUACUGGAAUUGAAUGAUGAUAAUGGAAGCAUUUCCUUUUUGCUGUUCACAAAUCUGUCGCACAAACCAAACAGGGAACAAAAUUUUUCUAGCCACAGCUUCACUACAGUGGCCAUUUGAUUUAACAAAUUAACAACUAGCUAUAUAGCUAUAAAUUAGGCAUACUCGUAUAAAAUAAACCAAAUGUAACACGCAACAAAAUGAUGUAGAUAUUUUUAUAUGACCCUCUUUAAAUAUUGUAAAAAAAAAAUUAAAAUCAUCAAAGAAAUUAUACGACACAAUAAAGGCCCACAUUAAGGACAGUUAGAUUCUUGGAAGAGAAAUUUCAAACGAUGAAAUUUUUUUACCUUCGGUAGACCAGGCUUUGGACCACGCUUCCGCUUUUCCUGUUUCUCUUUUUCUUCUAAUUCUUGGUUUUCUCUCUCAAUCAGCGUGAUGAGAGUGUUGCACCGUCUUUGCAGUUCCUUUGAAUCAAAAUAUCUUAUAACUAAGGUCAUAUAGUGAAUCUAGUCUUUGUAAGAGUUUAAAGGGGAUGAAAUGCUUUCGAUAGAGAUUUAAAGAUAAUCCUGGAAGAGUGGAUUUCUUUCAAUAUUAAAAUGAGUGCAAGGUCAGGACAUAAAAUAGUAAAUCUAGUCUUUGUACAAGUUUGAAAAGUUUUAAUAGAGACUGAAAGGAAAUCCUGGAAGAAUCGAAUAUUAGCGUAAGGUUAGGGCAUAAAUAAAGCAGUGGAUAGUGAGACAGGUAUAGAUGUUGCAUAGAUAGUUAUAGAUAUAUCCUUAUAUCUAGAAUUAUUGGCAUAUCCAGUAAUCAGCUCCACUCGCUUGUUUAGAGAUAUCUGAGCAAAGUGUUUCCUACCACUGCUGUUCUUGACUUGAUGAACCAGUCAAAUCUAAACUGAGGGGCGCUUCUCACAGCCUGUCGCAGCUCUUCGUACACAUUUUCUUUGUCAAAGCCAAGUUUAUGGAGCAUACAAAUC